AUGGCACCACCAACUUGUACGACGAGUAAUGGAGCCCCGAUGCCAAAAUACGGUCUUACCGCCUCUGCGACGGCUGGAUCCACAGGACCACUUCUUCUUCAAGAUUUUGAAUUUUUCGAUCAUCUGUCACAUUUUGAUCGGGAACGCGUUCCAGAGCGUGUUGUGCACGCCAAAGGUGGUGGUGCCUUUGGAUACUUUGAGGUGACGCAUCCCGAAAUCACCGAUUUCACGUGUGCUAAAUUAUUUUCAAAAGUGGGUAAGCGAACGCCUGUGGCUGCUCGCUUUUCAAUUGUAACAGGUGAACAUGGAAGUCCCGACACAAUGCGAGAUCCGCGUGGAUUUGCACUUAAGUUCUAUACGGAAGAAGGGAAUUGGGACCUUGUUUGCAACAAUACCCCCAUCUUUUUCAUUCGUGAUCCAAUCUUGUUUCCAAGUUUUAUCCAUUCGCAAAAACGUUUACCCGCUUCAAAUUUAAAGGAUGCCAACAUGGCUUGGGACUUUUGGUCACUGCGUCCAGAGUCGCUCCAUAUGCAGACGUGGCUAUUCUCCGAUCGUGGAAUUCCAAAUGGUUACCGAUUCAUGAAUGGAUAUGGUAGCAACACGUUUGGUAAUGUAAAUUCGGAUGGUAAAUUGACUUAUGUCAAGUAUCAUUUUAAAACAGAUCAAGGAAUCCGGAAUAUGCCUGUGGAUGAAGCUGCUUUUCUUGCAGGUGCCGAUCCGGAUUAUGCCAAUCGUGAUUUGUAUGAAGCUAUUGAAGGAGGAGAGUUUCCAACAUGGACGUUGUACAUUCAAACUAUGACACCCGAGCAAGCAAAGAAACAUAAGCAUAUUGCAUUUGAUGUGACAAAAGUUUGGCCUCAUGGUGAUUUUCCUUUAAAAGAAGUGGGUCGAUUGGUGUUGAACAAGAAUCCACGAAACUAUUUUGCUGAAGUUGAACAAUUGGCGUUUUCUCCUUCUCAUAUGGUGCCUGGAAUCACUCCUUCACCUGAUAAAAUGCUACAAGGUCGUUUGUUUUCGUAUCCGGAUACGCUGCGUCAUCGUCUUGGAAAAAAUUAUCAGCAAAUUCCGGUAAAUCGUCCACUGAAUGAACCACAGACGUACCAACGAGAUGGUCCGAUGGUUGUGAAUGGGAACAUGGGUGAUGCGCCUACUUACUUUCCUAACAGUAUGGGAGGACCAGAGGAAGUUGAGUCGCUUCGCUACAAUUCGUACGAUGGAGAGCACACGGUCGUGGAUAAAUAUCCGUCUCCAGAUGAUGAUAACCUUUCGCAAGUUCAGGUAUUUUAUCGCAAAGUGUUGGAUGAUGAAGCUCGUGAACGCUUAACGGAUAACAUUGCAACUUCGCUCAUUAACGCCGAGAAAAAGGUUCAGGAUCGGACAUUAAAGAAUUUUCAAGAGGUGGAUGAACAUUAUGCUCGUCGUGUGAAGGAAAAGAUGGAUCAAAUGCUAGCAGCCAAGGAAGCAGCUCCAAAAUCGAAAAAACACAUAACUGCUCCGCUGAAUCCACCACGCAAGGCUUUUACACCAGUGGCGCCGUAA